AUGCAGAAUUCAGGGUCCAUCAAAGAAAGGUUAGAAUUUAUUCAUUCAAAAAUUCAGCCAAUAAUAAAAAAAUUAAAGAAUGGAGAAGAAUUAAUAAUUCGUCCAAACCAUGUGACUUUAAAAAUCAGGAAUCAAGAAUAUGUUAAGGAAAUUAAUAGUAAGAAGAAGAAGUCUCAUGCUAAAAGAAUACAUGAAAAUUUACCUUUAUAUAUAGAAAACCUAAAAAGAAAAGGAGUAACAGAAAUACUAAUGUCCCAUAUACCUAUUGGGAAUAAUUGGGACAAAAAAUUUGCUUAUUUAUGUAACAUAUUAAAGGAUGAAAAACCUAAUAAUCGAUCUAAUAGUGAUUUCCUAGAAAUAUAUUUUCAAUUGGGAAAAUUAUUAGAUGAAAAAGGUUGGUCCGACGAGGCCUUAAAUAUGUUAAACCUCUAUUUUAUUGAUAGUAGAGGAAAAUUAAUUAGUCGAAUUGCAGAAAAAACUUAUCUUCUUUUUAUUACCUGGUAA